CUGAACUCCUGGCUUUGUGCUGUAUGUCCUGCAGGUAGAAUGGGGCUGUGUGUGAGGUGGAGUUGGCUGCUGGUGGCUCUGGUUUACGGUUUAGGAUUUGCCAGUGCUGGGGAGCAUGUCUUGGUUAGGCGCCAGUCAGAGAGUUGGUGGAGCAGUUACCAGUCCUCUGUGCAGGGUUCUCCUAGAAGGUCUCAUGUGGGGGCUGCUCAGCCCGUGUCUGGCCUGGGGUCUCCCAGAUGGGGUGCUCAGCCUGUGUCUGGCCUGGGGUCUCCCAGAUGGGGUGCUCAGCCUGUGUCUGGCCUGGGGUCUCCCAGAUGGGGUGCUCAGCCUGUGUCUGGCCUGGGGUCUCCCAGAUGGGGUGCUCAGCCUGUGUCUGGCCUGGGGUCUCCCAGAUGGGGUGCUCAGCCCGUCUCUGGCCUGGGGUCUCCCAGAUGGGGUGCUCAGCCUGUGUCUAGCCUGGGAUCUUCCAGAUCAGGUGCUUUGCCUGUAUCAGGAUGGGGGUCGCCUAUUAGGUUUGGUGGGGAGCCUGCUCAGUCUAGACAGCUGUCUCCGCCCCAGAGCUCUCCGAUCAGUGUGCAGUGUGGUGAGGACAUGUUGGUGGUGACUGUGAUGAGAGACUUCUAUGGAAAUGGAAACCUGGUGAAAGAUGCAGAGCUGAGCCUUGGAGCUUGUGAGCCUGGCCCACAGACCACAGAUACCACGGUGGUGUUUGAGAAUGCAGUGCAAGACUGUGGGAGCAACCUACAAGUGACUCCACAAUGGCUGACUUACACAACCAGCCUGGUCUACAGUCCAGUUUCCAGCAAUGCUGUCAUCAUAAGAGCCAACCCUGCUGUGGUUCCCAUCCAGUGCUACUACCCCCGAUAUGGCAAUGUGAGCAGUGAGGCCAUCGAGCCAACAUGGGUUCCAUUCAGCACCACCGUGUCCACAGAAGAGAGGCUGUCCUUCUCCUUGCAGCUGAUGAUGGGUGACUGGAGCGCUCCAAGACCUUCCUCGGUCUUUGAGCUGGGGGACAUGUUCUACAUAGAGGCCUCUGUGGACACUCGGAACCACGCACCUAUGAUGCUAUUUGUGGAUAGCUGUGUUGCCACGCUUUCUCCUGAUGUCCAGUCCACCCCUAAUUAUGGUAUCAUUGCCUACAAUGGGUGCCUGGUGGAUGGUCAGCAAGAAGAUUCCUCUUCCGCCUUCAUCUACCCAAGGUCCCAGCUAAACCAGCUCCAGUUCAUGGUUGAUACUUUUCGGUUCACUGGGAUAGAUGUCUCUCUGAUCUAUAUCACCUGUUACCUGAGAGCUGUUGCAGCCUCUCAGACACCAGAUCCAUUGAACAAAGCCUGUUCCUACAGCAAAGCCUCUAGAAGCUGGUCUGCUGUGGAGGGCUCCAGCGGAAUCUGCCAAUGCUGUAACACUGGGAACUGUGCUGCCCCGGCUGGCCAGAGUAGGAGCUCAGGCUCUAGAAGACCAAGAAUGUGGAAGAGAGAAGCUGGUGCUCAUCCUGAGGAACAUGGACUGGCCACACUCGGGCCUCUUCUGGUGAUUGGAGCAGAGUCUAACCCAGCCCCUGAUUCCACCCUUAUCCAGGCUUCCAGAAUGACGACAGAAUCCAGGCCUCUUGAACUGUGGGUGCUGGUAGCUAUUGUGUCCGUCAGUUUGGCUGCUGUAAUUAUUGGUCUUGUGAUGGUUGGGCAUUGCGUCUUGAGGAGAUUGUCUCGCCAAGAAGCUGUAAGCAAAUAAAAGCUGCAUGAAACCA